ACCCAGAAGCGUUGAAACAUUCAGAGGAAGAAGAGAAGCAAACCAAUGGAAUUGAACCUCUUUUCAUUGGUUUGCUGUAUCUGUCAGCUAACUAAAAACUUGUUUAAUCGUGAAUAUUGACGUGUAUGUGUCCCCUGAACAGUGGACAAUGUCUACCCGGGCUUUGCGAAGGCUCAAAGGGAAACAGCGAGGUCAGGAGGCCUUGGACGCCGGAGAUCUAACUUUGGGUGACAGUCCGGAGGAGCAGGCUGCGGGUGAGGAGGAGCAGCUGGACACGGCUAAUGUUUCUCCCCCGUCUGAUAGCAAAGCCAGCAGCCGAAAGGCAAAGAAAAACAAGGCUCAGAAAAACUUCAGCAACAUUUAUGAAUUGAUAGGAGAUGCAGACAACGAGGCAGAGAUAAUCUCACCUGAUGAAGAAGCAGAGAAACCAGAUGGAAAUAAAACGAGUGGCACGGAAAAUAAUGAUAACCGAGACCAUGAGAAACCAAAUCAAAAGCAAGAGAAUGCGUCUACAAAGCCUUUGUCUGGAGACAGAGUUAAAAAGAAGAAGAAAAAGAAGAAGACAAAAGUGACGUCAGAAGAAGGACAGGAGGCUGUACCAGACGAUAACAUUGAUUUAUUGCUGGAGAACCUAGAGCAAUCCAAUGGUCUGAGUUUGCAAAAUGAAGAUUGCGGAGGCUCCGACAGAAGAUCUGUACUACAUGUGGAGCACAGGAACCUCAACCCAGAGACGGAGCUGAAGAGAUAUUUUGGGGCUCGAGCUGUUCAGGGGGAUCAAAGACCUCGACAGAGAAACAGACCGUUUCAUCGUAGCACCUGGAUGACCAGUCCUAAGGACAGCUGGCCUCGCUUCAGCCGCCCAGGAAUCUCAAUGACCUUACUGCAUUCAAAGGAUGGCAUUCAGUACUUUACCUUUGAGCAUGGUCGAGACUACCAACAAGUACAGUUCAAGUUCCUGGAUGCGGUCGAGUCCAUGGAUCCCAACAACAUUGUGGCAUUACUACAGUUAAACCCCUACCACAUUGACUCUUUGCUGCAGCUCUCUGAUGUCUGCCGCAUACAGGAGGAUCAGGAGAUGGCAAGGGACCUUAUUGAGAGGGCCAUGUACAGCUUUGAGUGCGCCUUCCACCCUUUAUUCAGUCUGACCUCAGGCACCAGCAGACUUGAUUAUCUGCGACCGGAGAACAGGGCAUUUUAUCUGGCUCUUUAUAAGCACAUGUUGUUCCUGGAGAAGAGAGGGUGCCCACGGACGGCUUUGGAGUACUGCAAACUGAUCCUGAGUUUGGAUCCAGACUCCGACCCACUUUGUAUGCUCCUGCUAAUUGAUUUCCUGACGCUGCGCUCAAGGGAGUACCAUUCUCUCCUUCAGCUGCAUCAGGACUGGGAGGAGCACAGAAAUCUGUCCCAGCUGCCAAACUUUGCGUUCUCCACUGCGCUUUGCCAUUUCCAUCUCAGUCAGCAGGAAGAUGUGGAUCCUGAAGAAAGCGUCAAAGACAAACACAAAGCUGACCUGAUGCUGCAGAACGCUCUCAUCAUGUUCCCCGGAGUCUUGAUUCCUCUCCUGGAUCUGUGUACUGUGCAGCCAGAUGCCACAGUCAGCUCACAUGUCUUCUUUGGCCCAAAGAGCCAGAUGGGGCAACCCCCAGCCCUGGCUGAACUGACUGCUCUGUACGUGGGGAGGACUCACACCCUGUGGAGAGAGGCCGCGGUAAUGCUGUGGUUGGAAGAGUCUGUGAAAGAGGUGCUGCGUCGAGUUGAUGCCAAAGACGCUUUGGUGGAGGACUGUCAAGACAAGAGAAAGCAGAGAUACCAGAGUGCACCCAGGAACAUCCAUCGCCACGUCCUUCUCUCUGAGAUCAAAGAAGCCACCUCCAGUCUGCCUCUAGAGGUGACCAGUCAGCCUGUGAUGGGUUUCGACCCUCUGCCUCCACUGGACUCAGUGAUGACGUACACCCGACCAGAGAGGCAGCACGUUGGUGCAACCAAUGAGAGUACAUUGUCACUGUUUUUCCGGUCUUUGCUGCCAAACUUCAACCUUCAGGGCGGACCAAGGCAGGAGGAUGACUUGGAAGUGGCUCGAGCUGGACAGGAGCUGAACCAGGAAGUGAAUCGUCUAAUGGUGGCAAUGAGAGACAUGCUGGCAAACAUCAGGUUUCAAGAGCCACCGCGAGACGACAACCCCUACAGAGACGAGGAGGAGUGGGACUGAGAGAGGAGGCAGGCAGAGGUGGAAAGAAAUAAUAACAUUAAGGAAAAUUAUUUAAUGGUGUUUAUAAAAUAAUUAAGAAGGGAUGAAGUGGGACAACUGAAUAGUAUUUUUUUAAAUUGUCACAAUUUCAGAGUUAAGUGAAAGAUGACUUGGUGUUACCAGCCUGUCAAAAGAAAUAACUCUUGGGCAAUCCAGAUAAUUAUGGACAUGGGGAAUUCAGAAAACUGAUGGGUUAGUUGAACCUUUCAUGUUGCUUAACCUUGUAAUAAACAUUUAGCAGUUCCAACAUCUCCAGUGAUUGUCAGUGACAAUAACGCAUCACGAGCGCUACUCUUCUUCCUCGGGUUUCUGGCUUUCAGAGAGCUUUUCAUGUCACAAACAGUGGACUGAUUUAUGAAAUAAGAACAAAGUUUCUUUUUGCAACAGAAUCAGAAAGAAAGUUUUUAUUCUCAUUGACUUAAAAGAAAAUUGGGCUAAUUAAUUUCAAAUUGGUUCAAUCUGUUUUUACAAAUAGAAUAUUAACUUCCUUUGUGUUGGGAAUAGCAUAUUCAGCAAGUCAUACCCCCUCCCUUUUAGAUCUUUAAACAUCUUAUUAUCUCCUCAUACUACGGACGGUGCUUCCUACCAAAUCAUUUGCUAAAAAGUAUCUAAUAUGGCACUUCACAAAGGAUAUUAAUCAUUUGAGUUCUUGACUGAUAAGUUGCUUCUCAUUCAAGCAAUGAGUCAAUGAAUCUCACUCUGAAGCCUUAUUGAAUAAUUUGGAUAAAAUGUUCUUAAACAUGAGUAAAGUUUAGUCUAAUUUAAGCAUUUACUAAAUCAAAAACUUGGAAUCUGCUCUUUGGUCUUAUCCCAGAAGAAAAAUGUUGGUUUAAUAGUUAUUUUUGUCACAUUGUCAUUUCAUUGGAAAACCGCAGUCUGAAAAUCUAAUCACAUUUUCUUGCUCUUCAAGCCUGUUUUUUAUUCUGGUGUGAAUCUCAUCAUUAGCGCAGGAUGUCUGCUGUUUUCUGCUCUGUUACGCUCCCUCGCUCCUGCUCUGUUUGGAACUGAUUCUCACUUUGUGAGAUGUGUGGCUUACUCCGCCCAAUAAAACCGUACAGAGAACUGG